UUUGCUUGAGGUAAAAAAUGCAAACAGAAUGCUAAACAUCUCUGGAAUAAACGACAGCUCAUUUGAUGAAGAUAUACAGUUUGCUUUGUUACAAAGAGUUCCUGAUAUGGAUCAUAUUCGUUGUUUGGUUAGGAACAUGAAGUGUUCUCUGCCAUAUUCAGAACACAAAGAGCACCUGUUUCAUCCAGAAAUUAUCAUGGACGAAUUUGAAAGAAUGGGCAUUGUUUCCAAAGAAACUGCAUUAGAGAGGCUAUUGCAAGUUGUUGAAAAGUUGUAUCCAGGUUCAGAUAUUCCGUCUGCCCUAAUACGAUUUCAUAAGAACACUACCAGAAAAGGAGUGUUGUGUCCAAUUGUUAUUGCUAGUUCUGAAGAUAACGUCUCUUCUCCUGGGCCGCAACUCAUUUUAGGAGAGAAAAUAACAUUUGUUAAUAAAGGGAAAGUAAUUGCGAUUGGUCAUCGGCAUAAUGAUUCCCUACACGUGCUUCAAUUAAUUGCUUAUUAUUAUAUUAUGGACUUGUCGUACCUAAGAUCGUUUGGGGAAGUUUUGGGGCUGUUGCAGCAUUACGUCUUGCAAAUACCAUUUGCUUGUACAAAUAAACUUUGGUUAAAAAAAUGCCGAGUCUUAUUAAAGAGUUUAUAUAAUCAUCUAAGCAUAACGCCACUUUGGAAGAAAGUUCCACUUGAUAAUGACUUAGUUGGUGAUAUUAUUUUUCAAGAAGCACCUAUUGAACCUAUUCCAAAUAAAGUUCAUACAAAUUUUUUAAAAUCGAAACUACCACCAGUAAUUUCUUAUUGGAAAACCUUUAUGAAUUAUGAUGAGAUAAGUUCAGUAUUAUCAGGUGAUUGA